CAAUUUUUAAAUAUUCUAAAUUUAAUAGAACAACCAUGGUUAACGGGCGAAUUCCGUCAGUCUUUUCGAAGACAUAUGUCACCCCUAGAAGACCGUACGAAAAGGCACGUUUAGAUCAGGAGUUACGUAUUAUUGGAGAAUACGGACUGCGUAACAAACGUGAAGUAUGGCGGGUCAAAUACACUCUCGCUAAGAUUCGUAAAGCUGCUCGUGAACUUCUUACGUUGGAAGAGAAAGAUCCUAAACGUCUUUUUGAAGGUAAUGCUUUAUUAAGACGACUGGUUAGAAUUGGAGUACUCGAUGAAAGUCGUAUGAAGCUUGAUUAUGUACUUGGUCUGAAAAUUGAAGAUUUUCUGGAAAGACGUUUGCAGACUCAAGUUUUUAAGCUUGGGUUAGCUAAAUCCAUUCAUCAUGCUAGGGUUCUCAUUCGUCAAAGACACAUAAGAGUCCGUAAACAAGUUGUGAAUAUUCCAUCGUUUAUUGUACGAUUGGAUUCACAGAAACACAUUGAUUUCUCUUUGAAAUCGCCAUUCGGUGGUGGCCGCCCUGGUCGCGUAAAGAGGAAGAACUUACGUAAAGGAACUGGUACAGCUGCUGUUGAAGAAGAAGAAGAUUAAACUGUACGAUGAGUUUUGAGUUCAAAUUUUGAAUAAAAAAUUCAAAGAUUA